AUGGCCACAUUUAGGCAACAUUUGAAGAAGAAGAAGAAUUCAGUAACUUCUGGUUGUGGUGAAGAAGAUAUAUACAAACCCAUUUGGGUAUUUUAUAAUACCAUGGAGUCAUUUCUGGGAGAUGUGUACGAGUGCUCCAGUAAAUUAAAUACCAUAAUACAAGCAAAUGCGAGUAGUUCAACAGAUGAGCAGUAUGAUGCUAUUCAGGCCGUAAGUGAACAAGGACAGCGUUCAAGCAGUUCAAAUGUAACUAUGCACGAAGAUUCUAUACCUCCCUCGAAUAGAACUACAUUGAAGCGUCGUUCGUCUAACCCGCCUGAGCUUCAAAAAGCAACCAACCAAAUGCAGGAUGCAUUAAUAACUAUCAAUACCGUAUUGGCCAACAAAUCUGCUCAAAAGGAAGAUAUGUGUGAUAUUUAUGGAAAACUAAUAGCUUCCAAAUUGAAGAAAUAUUUCUCAGAUAUCGAGCAGCAGGAAGUGAUGUUUGAAUUAGAUGAGUUGCUGACAAAGAGAAUUAGAAAUAGCCUCAAACAACGUCCUACUUCAUCCUUAAGUGCAAUGAACUCUACUGAUUCUUUUGAUAGUACAUCACCGGCUGAAAUUCACCGUCCUUCUUCCUCUCAAACAUUCUAUGUUCUUCCAGAUUCACCUGUACAAAUACCACAACGGCCAUUUUCGUCCCAAAGCUAUUCAAUAUUACAUGUGCCAGAGCAAAAUAACAUGUUUAAUCAAAGCAUGACAUUGUGCUCACCACAACACGAACAGCUACAACAACCAACUGACGAACAAAAUAACCAAGUCCAAAUUUUAUCUGAUGAAGUCGUUGAUUCAGUAAGACUUAAACCAAUCUUACAAGAAGCAUUUUUUAAAGCAAUGAUUAGUGAGCAAGGGUCAUAA